UUAUCAACAACGAUUGUGAUACAACAAAUUCGGAAGAACGUAAAGCUAUUCUAGUAGUCACGUUAAACCAGACUAUCAUCGAAGAUCUACUAAACAAAUUUUCAUCACUCGCUACAAUCAUCCAUGUUGUAGCGUACUGUUUAAGAAUCUUUACAAAAUCUAAACCAUGCACCAUACAAUUGUCUCCUCGUGAACAGGUAGAUGCCUUGCACCGGAUCCUACUAACAAUACAAAGGCAAUCAUUUUCGGAUGAGUUUGACAAAACAGGUAAUUACUCCUGUGCAAGCGACAGCAAAUUACGAAGGCUCAGUCCGUUCCAAGAUGAUAACGGAAUAAUACGUGUUGGUGGUCGUCUAAGGCAUGCAACGAUUCCAUAUGCACAGAAGCAUCCAAUACUUCUGCCACGUUCCCACCGACUAACAAACCUACUCAUUGAUGAUUUUCAUAAACAACACAAACAUCCCGGUGCCACUACAUUGCAAACAAUAAUUUCACAACAGUAUUGGAUAAUAUCAGGUCGCCAAGUCAUUAGAUCCCGAUUAAGGCUCUGCAUUGCUUGCUACAAGACACGCCCACGCAAUCCACAGCCCUUCAUGGGUGACAUUCCCAAAUGUCGUCUGCAACAGAUAAAACCGUUCAUGACAACAGGCGUAGAUUACACCGGUCCAAUUAGUUUGAAAUCCUCUAAAACACGGCGAACGGUGCCCGGUCAAGCAUACAUCUGCUUAUUUGUGUGUAUGACAACCAAGGCAUUACAUUUGGAGGUGGCCUCAGAUUUGUCAUCCGAAACCUUUCUUAUGGCCCUUUGUCGUUUCAUUUCCAGACGCGGACCGGUUGAACAAAUACACAGUGACUGCGGGACAAAUUUCAAAGGUGCGGCUAACCUAUUACAGCCUGUCGAUCAACUCAUCCAUUCUACGGAGUACCAAAAUCAGUGUCAGGCAUACCUUACGGCUCGUAAUAUCAGUUGGCAUUUUAACCCCCCUUCCGCUCCACAUUUUGGAGGAUUAUGGGAGGCUGGGGUCAAAUCCACCAAAACACUAUUAUACCGAACCCUUGGGUUGCAACGAUUGACAUACGAAGAAUUGACCACAUUGCUGAGUCGCAUUGAAGCUAC